CAGACCAAUUAUUAAGACGAAGAGGCUGACGCUCCUCUGUUUCUCUAUUAUACAUUUCGCUGCUUCCCUCUUUCGCCGCUACUUGUCAACGCUCUUCCGUCGCCAGUUGGAACCAUUCCCAUCCAUGGCUUCCGUUGCGUCUCCUCCUCGCCUUCUCCCUCUCCUUCUCGCUCUCUCCCUUCUCCUCGGCGCCCGCCGCGCCUCCGGCGGCUGCUACUCCGCCAUCUUUAGCUUCGGCGACUCCCUCGCCGACACUGGCAACGCCAUCCGCCUCGGCGGUCUGGGAGGCCCCACCGGCACACCCCCUUACGGCCGCACCUUCUUCAAUCGCCCCACCGGCCGCUUCUCCGACGGUCGCCUUAUCGUCGACUUCAUCGCCCAAGGAUUGGGAUUGCCUCUGUUGCGGCCGUAUCUUGGAGGAGGGAGCAGCGAGGAUUUCCGGCAGGGGGUUAAUUUUGCGGUUGCCGGAGCCACAGCGCUCGAUCUCUCAUUCUUUCGCGAAAAGGGGAUUCAACCUACGUGGACCGAUAAAUCCUUGCAUGUACAGAUCCAAUUGUUCAAGCAAUUGCUGCCUUCGAUCGCUGCUGGUCGGGAUCCCAAGGACGUCUUGAACAGUUCAUUGAUCUUGAUGGGAGAGAUUGGCGGGAAUGACUACAACCAACCCUUCUUCCAAGGAAUAAAAGUGGAUGAAAUAAGACCCUUCGUUCCUAGUGUCAUCAGCGCAAUUAGUUCAGGAAUCAAUGAUUUAAUUGAGCUUGGGGCAAAGACAUUGUUGGUUCCAGGGAACUUUCCAAUUGGAUGUGUUCCAGUUUAUCUAGAUAUCUAUAAGAGCUAUAAUGUUGAAGAAUAUGAAUCAGACACAGGCUGCAUCAAGUGGUUGAAUGAGCUAUCCAAGUAUCAUAAUCGCUUGCUCCUGGCUGAGUUGGAUCGGCUUCAGAAGCUUCACCCAAAUGUCAUGAUCAUAUAUGCUAAUUACUAUGAUGCCAUGAUAAGCUUUUUUCGUGCUCCAGAAGUCUUUGGAUUUAAGGCUCCUCUGCACGCGUGUUGUGGAAGUGACGGCCCAUAUAGUGUCAAUCGAAAUGCUCCUUGUGGUCAUAGAAAUGCAAAAGUAUGCAGUGACCCAUCUAGUUCUGUCUCCUGGGAUGGCAUUCACCUAACCGAGGCAGCUUAUGGGACAAUCGCAAGCAGCUUGUUAGAAGGACCCCAUGCCAAUCCUCCGUUAACCCGGGCAUGCUCAAGCACUCGACAGAACGCAGUGGAUGACUUCUAGCCAACUUGAAUCAGGAUCUCCACAACAACUUAAAGCGACGCAUCGAUCAGCAUCUUUCCACUCUCGAGGCUGACACGAGAAAACCUGAGGUGAGCGCUAGUUUUGGAAGUAUUUAUGGUUACCGUUCUUAGAGGGAAGUAUGGGUGUGUUCACGCGUGGCUCGAGGAUUCUCGAACUGCGUCUUUUUAGGUGGAGAAAGGUUUUGGUUGCUAGUGAAUUAUUGAGAAUGUUUGGAAUCGUUGGCUUCUUAGUUCCCUCUUUCCGUCAGAUUGGGUAGCUAAAAUCACUAUUAGGCCUAUGUCGUUGGUGCCUUAUGAUGAUAAUGGAUUUGAACUCCCCAUUUCUCGGGAGUUUCUACUACUCGAUGUGCCUACGCAUUUUUAAUAAUUAGGUUAUUGGAUAAUAGAUGGGAUUGGCUUAUUGCA